GCCCCUGGAACCUUCCACCCAAACUGGAGCCCCUGUGUUCCAGGCUCUUCCACCUGUCCUCCCAUCACCUAGGUUGAGGAAAUGCUCCCAUUACUGUCAGCAUUCAUUCAGUGAAGAUGUACUAAGAACCAGCCAUGUGCAAGGCAGGGUCCUAGGUGCUGGGGACACAGCAGUGAUUAAAACAGACAAAAAUUCUAGUCAGAGAGUGGUGGAUAAUAAGAGGAGCCUGCAUGCGGUAUAUUCAACAAUGACAAGGUCAUGCAGAAAAAUAAAGCAGGACGGGGAAUUGGCAGUGCAGGGGAGGCCAGUUUCAUACAGGCAGACUUCGUUUUAUUGCACUGCACUUGACUGUGCUUCACAAAUACUGCAUGUUUUACAAGUUGAAGGAUUAUGGCAGUGCUGUGUUGAGAAAGUCUAUUGGCACCAUUUUUCCAACAGCAUUUGUUCAUUUCGUGUCUCUGUGUCACAUUUUGGUAAUUCUUAUAAUAUUUGAAACUUCGUUAUUAUAUCUGUUAUGGCGAUCUGGGAUCAGUGAUCUUUGAUGUUGGUAUUAUAAUUGGGGGCACCACAGACAGUGCCCAUGUAAGACUGCUCCACCUACCAGCCACUCCCCAUCUCUCUCCCUCCCCUUGGGCCUCCCUAUUCCCUGAAACACAACAAUAUUGAAAGUCGGCCAAUUAAUAACCCUAUAAUGGCCUCUAUGUAUUCAAGCGAAAUAAGAGUUGCAUGUUUCUAAAUCAAAAGUUAGAAAUGAUUAAGCUUAGUGAAGAAGGCACGUCGAAAGCUGAGAUAGACCAAAAGCUGGGCCUCUCACACCGAGCAGUUAGCCAGGUUGUGAAUGGGAAGGAAAAGUUCUUGAAGGAAAUUAAAAGUGCUUUCUGGUGAACACACGAAUGAUAAGAAAGCGAAGCAGCCCUGUUGCUGUUACUGAGAAAAUGUGGGUGGCCUGCAUAGAAGAUCAAACCAGCCACAACAUUCUGUUAAACCAAAGCCUAAUCCAGCACGCCCUGACUCUCUUCAAUUCCGUGAAGGCUGAGAGAGGUGAGGAAGCUGCAGGAGAAAAGUCUGAGGCUGGCAGAGGUUGGUUGACGAGGUCUGAGGACAGAAGCCGUCUCCGUGACAUCAAGGUGCAAGGCGAAGCAGCAGGAGCUGAUGUGGAAGCUGCCGCGGGUUCUCCAGAAGAUCCGGCUCAGAUAAUUCAUGAGGACGGCGACACUGAACAACAGGUUUACAACGUAGUGAAGCAGCCUCUGUUGGAAGAAGAUGCCACCUAGGACUUUCACAGCUACAGAGGCAAAGUCAAUGCCUGGCUUCAAAGCUUCAAAGGACAGGCAGCUGGUGACUUCAAGGGAAGCCAGGGCUCAUUUACUAUUCUGGAAGGCCGAGGGCCCAUAAGGAUGAUGCUAAAUCCAUCCACUCUGCCUGUGCUCUGUACAUGGAACAACAAAGCCUGAAUGACCACACUUCUGCUCACUGAGUGUUUUAAGUCCACUGCUCGCUGACAGUGCACGGGUCACCCAUGAGCGCUGAUGGAGAUGGACGACGAGGUGAAUGUGGUUUCUGUGCUUGCUCACACAGCAUCCAUUCUGCAGCCCGUGGGUCAAGGAGUCAUUUCAACUUUCAAGUCUUAUUAUUUAAGAAAUGCAUGUUGUAAGGCUAUGGCUGCCGCAGACAGGGAUUCCUCUGAUGGAUCUGGGCAAAGUAAAUUGAAACCUUCUGGAAAGGAGUCACCAUUCUAGGUGCCAUUAAGAUCAUUCGUGACUCACGGGAAGAGGUCAAAAUAGCAACAUGAACAGAAGUUUGGAAGAAUUUGAUCGCAGCCCCCAUGGAGGACCGUGAGGGCUUCCGGACUGUGGUGGCAGAGGUGUCUGUGGGUGUGUGUCAGGGGGAACAGCGAGAGAACUGGGACUGGAAGAGGAGCCUGGAUAUGGCACUGAAUUGCCGCCGUCUCGUGAGCAGACUUGAACGGAUGAGGAGUUGCUCCUUCUGGAUGAGCAAAGACUAUGGUUUCUUGAGGUGGGAGCUACUCCUGGUGGAGAUGCUGUGAAGAUGCUUGAAAUGACAACAGAGGGGUCGGAACAUGACAUAAACUCAGUCGAUAGAGCAGCGGCAGGGUUUGAGAGGCUUGACUCCAAUUUUGAAAGAAGUUUUGUUGUGAGUAAAGUGCUAUGGAACAGCAUCGCGGGCCGCAGGGAAAUCGGAAGACUCGAUCAACACGGCAAAUUUCAUUGUAUUAUUUUCAGGAAUUGCCGCAGCCACCCCGACCUUCAGCAACCACCGCCCUGAUCAGUCGGCAGCCACCGACAUAGGGACAAGACCCUCCACCGGCAAAAAGAUUAUGACUCGCUGGAAGUGUGGAUGAUGUACCCCCCAGGCAUGCGACAGCAGGUGUUCCAGUUCUUCAGCAAGGUUCUGGCCCAGGUGCAGCACCCCCUCCUGCAUUACCUCAACGUCCACAGGCCUGUGCAGAAGCUUCUCCGACUUGGUGGGACAGUUCCUGGAUCCCAAACAGAAAAGGAGGAGGUGCAGUUCACCACCGUUCUCUGCUCCAAGAUCCAACAGGAUCCAGCCCUGCUCACCUACAUCCUGGAAGGUAAAAAGAUUGUCAGUAGGAAGAAGUCAUCCAAAGAACCCAUCACCCUGCCUAGAGAGGCAGCCAGCAUCCAAGACAAGGACCACCCCCACAGCAAGUCUCCUGACAUGAGUCCCUGUAAGGCCCAGGCCUUGACUGCCCAGUUGCCUGCUGAGACAGAGGAGCCAGAUGGAGGAGUUGGGGAAAGCAACCUGAUCACCUCUCUGAUCGGGUUGUGCAAGAGCAAGAAAGGUCGGGUGGCUCUGAAGGCCCAGGAGAACCUGCUGCUCCUGGUAAGUGUGGCUUCACAGGCAGCUGCCACCUACCUGGUACACAGCAGCCCUUGCUGCCCUGCCAUCGUCGAGCACCUCUGCCAGCUGUACCAGUCCAUGCCCACCUUCCUGGACCCCGCAGACAUUGCUGCUUUAGAGGGCAUCAGCUGGAGGUAGGCACUUGGCCAGGGAAAGCAGGGCUACAUCUUCAGUGGCUAGCAGCCCUCCCUGUCCUCUGGUAGCCACUCCUCUGAUUUCCCAGGAGGGAUGGGGACCCCUGCUGGCCACCCUCUUCCUGAGGGUAUAGCCCAUCCCAGCCCAUCCCAGCUUUCCCUUGAGGAAAACACUACUUUUGCUUCUGUACCUGCUCUCCCAGCAACAGUGGUUGCAGGGAGAAGGGGCCCAGAUUCCAGAAGGUACCUGAGGCAGGCCUCCCAGCUCCUUUCUUGCU